GUUGGUUUAUCUUUUAUGGCUCUCCUGCUGUCUAAUUUGGCUUCUCCAAAACACCCAAAAAGCAUCAUAUUGAAUAUGAGUCUUCUUAGUCACUUUUUGGGAGCAUAAUUUUGUGCCAAAGUUGCAAUCUUGGUGAUCUAAGGAUGAGUGUGGUUUGGAUUGUUCUGCUUUCGACACUCUCUCUAGGGGCGUUGUUGGCGGAUGGCUUGAGCGCCCACGGUUCUUCAAGGCCUGCCGUUGUGAAUGUUGGGGCGAUCUUCACUCUUGAUUCGACGAUUGGGAGAGUUGCCAAGAUUGCCAUUGACGAGGCUGUCAAAGAUAUCAAUGCCAACUCGAGCGUGCUUAAAGGAUCCAAGUUCAAUGUGAUAUUCCGAAACUCCAAUUGCAGUGGAUUCCUUGGCUUGGUUGAAGCUCUGCGGUUUAUGGAGACGGACAUUCUUGCAGUGAUCGGCCCUCAAUCGUCCGUGGUUGCACAUACUAUCCUGCACGUCGGGAACGAGCUGUUAACUCCCUUUGUGUCGUUCUCCGCAACAGACCCUACUCUCUCGACUCUUCAGUUCCCCUAUUUCGUUAGGUCGACACAGAGUGAUCUGCAUCAGAUGACCGCAGUGGCUGAGAUAGUUGAAAACUACGGUUGGAAGGAAGUGAUUGUUGUCUUUCUCGACGAUGAUUAUGGCAGAAACGGGCUGUCUGUGCUGGACGAUGCGCUUGCAGCUAGGCGCUGUCGAGUUUCUUACAAAGCAGGGAUUCCUCCCGGGAAUGUGAGCCGGAGCGAAAUCAUGGAUAUACUCGUCAAAGUUGCGAUGACGGAGUCUCGUGUGAUCGUCCUGCACACCUAUCCACCGACUGGAUUCACGGUGUUUUCCGUUGCGCACUAUCUUGGAAUGAUGGACGACGGUUACGUUUGGAUUGCAACGGAUUGGCUCGCGUCUGCUGUCGAUUCUGCUCCGCCUCUUCAGUCAGUAGGUAUGUUGGAAACAUUGCAGGGAGUGAUAUUUCUACGGCAAUACACACCGGAUUCGGAGAGGAAACGAGCUUUCUCAGCGCGGUGGAAUAAGGUGACCGGUGGCUCGUUGGGACUAAGCACUUACGGUCUAUAUGCUUAUGAUGCUACUUGGUUGCUUGCUCACGCUAUCGACUCGUUCUUCGAUCAAGGAGGGAAAAUCACGUUUUCUAACGACUCCAACUUGCUCACGACGCAAGGGAGUAAGCUGCAUCUCGAUAAAAUGGUGAUUUUCGACGGAGGCCCUCUCCUUCUCAAGAAUCUGAUGGAGAGUGACUUUGAAGGCCUAACGGGACGAGUCAAGUUUACGGACGACAGGUCUCUCGUUAAUCCCGCGUAUGAAAUUAUAAACGUCGUUGGGACCGGUCUCCAUCGGAUCGGAUACUGGUCUAACUCUUCGGGAUUAUCAACUCUGCCUCCCGAGACUCUGUAUUCACAACGUCCCAAUCGCUCUAGCUCGACUAAUAAACUAAACAGUGUUCUUUGGCCGGGAGAGUCCAUAAGGACGCCCCGUGGAUGGGUGUUUCCGAACAACGGGAAGCAGCUGAGAAUUGGCGUGCCACGACGCGCUAGUUACAGAGAAUACGUUUCUCAAGCUCAAGGCACCAAUAACUCGAAAGGCUUCUGCAUUGAUGUAUUCACAGCUGCUGUGAACUUGCUGCCUUACGCCGUUCCCUAUCAGUUCAUCCCCUACGGAAAUGGCCGCGAAAAUCCAAACUACAACGAGCUCGUGAAGCUGAUCACCACUGGAUUCUUCGAUGGCGCGGUUGGAGACAUUGCAAUCACGACGAACCGUACAAAGAUCGUUGAUUUCACACAGCCGUACGCUGCGUCAGGGCUCGUGGUGGUGGCCUCGGUCAGUAAACGGAACACGGGCGCCUGGGCUUUCUUGAGGCCGUUUUCUCCUCAAAUGUGGGCGGUUAGUGCAGCGUUCUUCGUUUUCAUUGGCAUCGUCGUGUGGAUUUUGGAGCACCGGAUGAAUGAUGAGUUCCGUGGGACGCCAAAGCAGCAGCUAAUAACCAUCUUGUGGUUCAGCCUCUCAACUCUGUUUUUUGCUCACAGGGAGACGACAGUGAGCACCCUAGGGCGGGGAGUGCUGAUCAUAUGGCUUUUCGUGGUUUUGAUCAUAAACUCGAGCUAUACUGCGAGCUUAACGUCCAUACUCACGGUACAGCAGCUCUACUCUCCGAUCAAGGGAAUCGAGAGCUUGAGAGAAGGCGACGACCCUAUCGGAUACCAAGUGGGCUCGUUCGCGGAGCAUUACCUGACCGAUGGAAUUGGCAUUCCAAGUUCGAGGCUUAUGCCUCUCGGAUCACCGGAAGAGUAUGCCACUGCCCUUCAACGCGGCCCCAAGAACGGAGGCGUUGCUGCUAUCGUUGAUGAACGGCCUUACGUCGAACUUUUCUUGGCUAGCCAGUGCCGGUACAGGAUAAUCGGUCAAGAGUUCACCAAAAGCGGCUGGGGAUUUGCGUUUCCACGGGACUCGCCUCUGGCCAUCGACCUAUCGACCGCGAUCCUAACCCUAUCCGAGAGCGGAGAUUUGCAACGGAUCCACGACAAGUGGCUAACGACGAGCGCAUGCAGCUCGGAGAACACAGAGCUAGAAUCCGACCGGCUCCAUCUAAAGAGCUUCUGGGGCCUCUAUCUCUUAUGUGGCAUCGCGUGCUUCCUCGCGCUCCUCGUCUACUUCAUCCAGAUCAUCAACAGGUACCGACGAGCCUCUAGAGACGAGCUCAUUUCGUCGGAUGGGCCGGGCAGCAUGCGCUCCAAACGCAUCCAGAGGCUGCUGUCGUUGAUCGACGAGAAGGAGGAUGUGUCACGACACGAGCGGAAACGGAGAAAGCUCGAGACGUCGUUGUCCGAGAGCAACGGGGGAAACGAAAGGGAGAGGGAUUCAAAGAGGAAACAUUCUUCGGCGAAUAAUAGUUUCAGCAUACGGAGUUGAUGGCUCGUCGCGACCUUCUAUUUUCUAUCGCAACGGGCACGCGCCAUGGCAUUAUAUGUCUCGUACAUUUAACGCGACACGAUAAAGAUACGAACAUGAGAUUUAAAAAAUUAGGGGACAUAGUUAUAAGUAGAUUAUGCUCAUCAAUGUUGAAGCUUAUACUAGUAUGAAGCUAUUGCCACGAUAAUUUAUUGUAUAUGAACAAUUUUAAUUAGUGGAAAUUGUAUAUAUUAUAGAGGUAUAUAGUUGAAUUUGA